GUAACCGAGAUGGCGCCACUAUCUACACACUGUGCGCUGUGCGCCUGCGUAGGCAAAUUAACCGACAAUUUUUUUAAAAAUGAGGAAGAACUACUCACUCAGUAACGUCAGACGUCAGUAUUGUCAAUUGUCAGUGUCUUAAAAAAAAUGAAUCGAGGAGGCAGGCCUUCACAUCGGUAUUGGAUUGAAGGGAAUUUCAAAAAAGUUUACGAAAAUAAAAAACUUUUCGCUCUUUGUCAAGUGUGUAACAAAACAAUUCGACAUUCCGCUGAACGCAGGCUUAGAGAUCAUAGAAAAUUUUGUCAAGGUCUGCUUACUGUAGAGAGUGUGGAAGACGAAACCGACGAAAUUGAUGAAAACGUUGCUUUCAAUCCUGCACCCAUUACUACACCUGUUGCUGAGACGAAUGCUAACAACUACAACAACGAUGGAAAUAAAAAAGCUCUGCCGUACAAAAAAAGAAAACGGCUUGAUGCAUUCUUCGAUCGGAUGUCGUUGGUAGAAAAAACAACACUUGACACCAAGCUGAUAAAGUUUUUGUGUGGAUGUCACAUUCCUCUUGAAGUUUUGAAUUCGACACAUUUCAAAAAUUUUAUGACAUUGUUAAGACCAGCCUAUGACGUUCCCUCUACGCAAGAUGUCAACAACAAUCUCUUGAAUUCAGUGUACCAGGAAGUGACGGCACAUUCUUCAACAUCUCAAGAAUCAUCAGAUGGAGUAUUAAUGAUGUCGGAAUUGAUGGGUGAAACUGUGGAUUUGAAAUACGUUCUUGGAAUCGUUCACAGAACACCUCAAGGGGUUUUCCAUCUUAAAAUUUGGUCAAUUCCAAAGAAUGAAACGGACAUAACAGACAUCGUUAAGGAAGCAAUACAAAUAUCCAAGGAGGAAUUCAACGUGAUCAUUUACGCCGUGAUAGCUACUGAUGAUUUUUCCAUUUCAUCGGACCACGACUGUCAUGUUCGAAGCAUAUUAAGAGCCUUUCAAACCCCUCGAUUGAGAGAAGAGGUUAUAAGUCGUGGGGGUGUCGAAAUUGAAGUAGCAGACGAUGAGGCAUCCAUCGUUUCACUUAAAGACAUGUUCACGAAUUGUUUGAAAAAUCAAAGCAUCUUUCAUGACAUUGUGAGCGAAAAUGUAUUCAAUGUACCGGAAAACGCGCUUGAGAUUUUGUCUUCAAUGUCUGCCACUUCAUUUGAGGAAGAGUUACAAAAAUUUAUUGUUAUUGAAUCACUGCUCAGUGAAAAUGGCAGAUUAGCUACAAUCAAAAAUCAAAUUCCUACUAUUCUGUCCCCGAUAUCAAUAGUAGCAAAUAACUUUCAUCCGGCUUAUAGAGGAUUGACAUUUGCAAAUAAUGCAGAACGAAAUGUGAUGGUCCUCGAAUACUUGUUGACGAUCUUGGAUGAUCAAGGACUCGAUGAGUUUUAUGAAUUUUCCAACAAAAAGGGACUUUUCGAAAAACUCGAAGCACGUCAAAUCAAAGAUGCAGAAAUAUAUUGGGAUUUCGCCCAAAAAAAGUAUCCAACGCUCGCCAAUAUUGCAAAAAAAUUAAUAAGAGUACCGGCCUCAGUAGUCAAGUUAAAAUUACAGUCAAUUAGUGGCAAUGAUAUCGAGAAGGAUAAUAUGAUGGUUGAGCUCUAUUAUCGAUUAAAACUUCAAGACGAUAAUAUAACGGAUAAAUAUUAG